AUGCCCGCUGCAUACAAAGGCAAGGGCAAAGGCCGCGAUGCGCGCCAGUCGCGUAGCCGCAAUACUACCCCAUCCAGCGCUAGUGCUCCCGCUAUCCCAUCACUGCCCGUACAAAGCUACCUGGAGAACGAUGUCACCAAGCACAUUGAUCAAGCUAGUUUGCAGUACUCCGAUGUGUUGGACUUGGUGUCCGCGCAGAGCAUUCCAGAUUCGAAAACACUGGAGACCUUGGUGGAGCAUCUCAAGAGUCUCAGUGACAUGGCCGAUAACCGGGGCGAAGUUUGCAACGCUGGAAUGCGAGAGAUGUCUCAAAAGCGCAAGGAAGUGGAAGACCAGGAGCUUGACCGCGAAGUCCAAAACCGUGCUAAGUUGAAGCGUGAAACGGAAGAGGAUGACGAUAUUCAUAAGGGCGGGAAGCUAAAGAAGCGGAAAGAGCGCGCAAGUGCAAAGGAGGAGAGACCAUUAAAUCAUGGGGCCCACGAGGUAGCCCGCCAGGAUGGAGCUGAGACUAAGGUUGAGGGAGCGGCUUCUCCAGCAUCGAAGAACUCUAAGAAUGCGCUCUUCGCUUUCACCUCCAUCGAUGAUGUCUCCCAACGGCACGACCACUGCUGGCGAAGGUCCUCCCCCGGCACCCCCGGGUCUGAGACCAGUGCUGAUUCCCACCAACCCGAGCCCCAACCUGCCAUUCCUCAAGUGCAAAUCUUCGGCGAGAAUCCGCUGAAAUAUGACGACCCGACCGUUUACAACAUUCGAGAUGUUCUUCCAGACAUGACCGACGAUGAAAAGAAAGAGAUUUACAGCGUUGCCCGGUUCCCCAAGUCCGAUCUUGCCCACAUGGCUGCUGGUGUAGCUCCCGACAAGGACUUCAGCAACGCCAAACCUUCCAAUCAAGUCAGCGCCAAUACUUUCCAGACUUACAUUGAGCCGUACGUUCGGCCGCUUACCGAGGAGGACAUCGCUUGGUUAAAAGAACGGGGUGAUCGCACUACUCCAUUCAUCAUGCCCCGCCGCGGAAAGAAAAGCUAUCGUCAGAUUUGGGCCGAAGAGGAUGGGGUUUCUUACGACUCGAGUCAGGAUGACAAGGACCAGCUACCUCUGAAUCAAGGCCGUGGCAGCAUUGAGCAGCUGACCGAUGAUAAAACGGAAACGAACGAAGUCUCGGUUGGACCCCUUCUCAGCCGACUCUGCUCUCUCCUUCGUUACGAGCACCGUACCUUCCCCGAAGAUACCAACCCAACUACAAACGGCGACACUUCUAGCGUGGGUGGCCUGGGUGGAGAUGCAAUGGACAUCGACCAACCUAAUGGUGAUAAGGAGACCAAGAGCGAACCCAAACCCCUGCCUGCUGCCACUACCUUCCGCGACGCAGAUCCAAACGACUUUAAGACAUCGGUCGCAAAGCUGGAUCACGCCCAGCUUGAUGAACGCGCUAAAGCGGAACUGCGAUACAUAGGUUUCCUCGGUGCAGAUGAUAAUCCGGACUAUGACGCUCACUAUGAUGAUGAGGUCGCUGAGCGACUCCGCCUACUCCAAAGCGAGCUCAAGAAACAAAUCGUCACCAACAAUGCGCGCAAAGCUCGCAUCCUAAAGAUUGCCCAAGAGCACAUGGCCAUGCUCGAGUUCACUACCAUCCAAGACGACCUUGACUCCCAGGUCCAACAGGCCUAUCUCAAGCGCACCCGUACUAUGGGCAAGAGCAAGAAGGGCGCCCAGGCUAAACACCGACCUGGUGGUGCAGGUGGCGGCAGUCAUGUCGCCGGUGCCGCGGGCGUUUCCCGUCCAGCUGUCGGAGACGCUGCUAAGAUCGUCAUGGACCGUCGUCGUCGCUGGAAUGAAGCUUUCUUGCCUAUAUUUGAGGAUAUCAAGACCACUAUUCCUUCCGAAGGAGAGUCCAUCUUCGACCCAGAGGUCAUGGCUGAGUACGAGAAGGCUGAGCUUGAGAACUGGGACGAGGAAUAA